CAAAAAGCUAUUACUGAUAUUAAAAUUAAUCUUUUAAUUUCAAUACAGAGUCGCUGAAACUCGACGGACGCACAGUUGAUCCUCCCACGACAGUGAGCUGAGACGCCGUCGCCCAAAUCCCCAAACCACCGACUCCUAGGCCGGCGAGGUUCAAAGCCUGGGACGAUUAAAGAUUCCGGAUUUCGAGCUUAAUCGCUUCCUCUCUUCUUCUUCCGGAGUUCUAGGUGGAUUCGAGCUUCCAGGUUAGAAACUUAGAAGGCUGCCUGGAGGGAAGAUGUGUGUCGUCUGCUGCUUCUGCUAUUACGUAACUAGGAACAGACAAAUUACCAUGUCUCAUAUAUAAAUUCACUCUUUCUGAUGAAUCCAUUGGUAAAGAAUUCAUUUUUAUUCGGUAAUCAACUUAUUCCGCUAUUAUCUACGAAUAAGCAUCUCACCCUUACACAGUUGAAACAAAUCCACUCCCAAAUCAUUGCCAAUGGAUGUCUCAAUCAUACUGAGCUUCUCACCAGUUUCAUACUCUCUUGUUUUACCUCUCGAAAUAGCCAGCACGCAAAGCACUUUUUGCGUAGUCUUCCGAGACCCGAUGCUUUGCAUUGGAAUUCGAUGAUUCGGAUGUCACUUGAAUCCCAUAGCCUCGUGUAUUUCUUUGAUAUCUAUCACUGGUCGAGAUUCUACGGUUUCUUCCCUAACAAAAGUACAGGUUCUUUGGUUUUGCGUUCCUGUGCGGUUUCUGGUGCGACCUGGUUAGGGGAAUCUUUUCACUGUCAGAUAGUAAAAGUGGGGUUUCAAUUUGAUGUGAUUUUGCAGACUGGGUUGCUCGACUUUUAUGCUAAGAUUGGGGACCUGAGAUACGCGCGGAGGAUGUUUGGUGAAAUGCCCGAAAGAGAUGUCAUUGCAAAUAAUGUUAUGAUUUCAGCCCUUAAUAGAAAUGGAUUUUUGGAUGAGGCAAAGCAGUUGUUUAACAGUAUGCCUGAGAGGAAUGCUUCUUCGUGGAAUAUGUUGAUUAAUAUUUAUUGCAAAUCUGGUGACAUGGAUUCUGCACGUUCCAUCUUUGAUCAGAACCCAUUAAAGGAUGUAAUAUCUUGGAAUGCUAUGAUAGAUGGAUAUUGCAAAUCAGGACAAUUGGUUUACGCAGAGGAGUUGUUUUCAAAAUUGGAUUCCACCAGAACUGUUGUGAGCUGGAAUACUAUGAUUUCUGGGUAUGUACAAUGCAGAGAGUUUGUCAGUGCUAUAAACAUAUUCCGUGAAAUGUUAUCUCAGAAUGUGAAACCAACUGAGGUGACAAUGAUCAGCCUGUUGUCGGCAUGUGCUCAUAUUGGGGCAUUAGAUAUGGGUGAAUGGGCUCAUGCCUACAUCAACAAAAAGAGAUUUAGGGUUGAUGUUGUUUUAGGCAAUGCCCUUAUAGAUAUGUACUGCAAAUGUGGAAGCAUAGAAUCAGCUCUUGAUGUUUUUCAUGGACUCCAUACAAGGAACGUAUUUUGUUGGAAUUCUAUUAUUGUUGGUCUAGGAAUGUAUGGUUAUGGAAAUGAAGCUAUAGAUGCAUUUAAGGCAAUGCAAAAGGUUGAUAGUAUAAAACCAGACAGUGUUACUUUUCUAGGGCUUCUAUGUGCUUGUAGCCAUUCCGGCUUGGUUUCUGCUGGCAAAAAAUAUUUUUCUCAAAUGAAGAGUUUUUAUGGAAUUGAACCCGGAAUUGAACAUUAUGGAUCUUUGGUUGACCUUUUGGGCCGAUCUGGGCUUCUUGAAGAAGCUAUGGAACUAAUAAGGACUAUGCCUAUGAAGCCAAAUGUGGUUGUCUGGGGAAGCUUGCUUCGAGCAUGUCAAGUUCACAAAAACACUAAGCUUGGUGAACAAGUUACCCAACACCUUUUGGAUUUGGAUCCGUGUGAUGGAGCAAAUUAUGUUUACUUGUCCAAUCUCUAUGCUUCCUUAAACCGAUGGACCGAUGUUGUUAUGUGCCGGAAGCUAAUGAAUGAGAGGGGGGUGUUAAAGAUGCCCGGAUGCAGUUCGAUUGAAGUUGAUAAUGUGUUGCAUGAAUUUGUAGCUGGUGACACUUCACAUCCUCAAUUUCCUCAAAUUAGUGCAUUUUUGGAUAAGAUUUCCAUGGAUCUUCAGGCUAAUGGUUAUGAGCAUGAUACGUCAUCUGUGUUGCAUGACAUUGAUGAUGAAGAGAAGGAGGUUGUGAUUAGAUACCACACUGAGAGAGUCGCUCUUGCUUUUGGUCUGAUGAACACCGAACCUGGAAAAGUGAUCCGGAUCAUUAAGAACCUUAGAACAUGUGAUGGCUGUCAUCAGGCACUGAAAUUUAUUUCGAAAUUAUACAAGAGAGAUAUAGUGGUCAGAGAUAAAAGCAGGUUUCAUCAUUUCAGGAAUGGACAAUGUUCUUGCAAGGACUAUUGGUGAUUAAAUGGAAUAUGGUGAAUGAGACGAUUGAUUUGCAGUGAAGAACAUUGUGAGGAGGGCUUAGGAAAGGUUUCCACCUGGGGGCCACAGUGGUAGUAUGAACAUUUUAGAGGCUGUAAUGAAGAUAUGCAGUUGAACACUCAAGCAGAAGGCAAACAUGUCUGAAAAUGGCCCUUGAUACAGAUUUAAGAUAGCAGGACCUACUGUCAUCAAGGGGCUCAAGAGGCUGCUGCUCAUGUGCAUCUUAAGAAUUUACUAGACCUGCAUCCAUCAGCUUGUUAUGUGGAGCCUGCUCUGAUAUAUCAAUGAUUACAAGCUGGACCUAAGAAGACGCACACAUUCUUGGUAGUUAUACACAUAAGCUGAUGCACACAGAAACACACAUCAUAAUAUGUACCACGGUUAAUUUUAUACGGAGGGGUUUUUUUAUUCAGUGCAAACAAGAGUAAAAGCCUAGUUGUAUUGAAUCUGUCAAGGAUUGUGAUUGUUAAUAUUUGGACAUCAAACUGUUUGGAUUCGUACGUCUAUAUACCCUGUUCUCAUUCUCUA